CGUAGCACUUAGUUGCUAACAAGUGCCAUCGGUAACACAACUUUCAUAAGGCGGGGCAAACCCAGAUAUCCAGGUUUUCAUAAGACUUUUCUUGGGCAAAACCAGGAGAUGCGUGCUCAAUUCGCACGGCCUUUGGGCCUGGCACAUAGAAGCACAGUAGUUAAGCCACCUUCCGGGUUCUGUAGACCCCUGGCGCUGCCGGUCGCUCGGCGGCGACCUGCAUUCGUGGUUUGCUCUGUGUCGCCCGACACGGAGGAGCAGCGAUCGCCACUGGACGCGCCUCAGGAAUGGGAGGCUCCCAUGCCCAGCAAGCGGCCAGACAUCUUCCCGGAGUUUGAGAAGCCGCAGCGCGUGUUCCUGCCGAAGCCGCUGCCCGGCGACCCGGAGAUGCCCGACGAGGAGCUGGAGGAGUCAGCCAAGCGCACGACGCCUGGUGACCCGGACCCGGAGCAGAAGCCGGGUGAGCCUCCGGAGGAGCCUGAAGCGCCCGCGGAGCCUGGCGCUCCGGAGCCGGAGCGGAAGACGGACAUUCCCACGGUGCCCGAGUAAGUGGCGCGCCGCCUGUACAGUGGCAGCUUCGGCGGGCGGCGCGGACGGUGCGUAUUACGCAGGCGCCCAGGCGCUGCGCUAAUCGCCGCUUGUAGGCGUGAGCUGUGUGGAUGGAAAGUCAGGAAGUAUUGAGAGACGUGGAUGGUCGAGCAUGCAACAGACUACGGGACAACGUGCCUGAGGGUUUCCCGUGAUUAGAUUGUUAAUGGUGCAUGCGGGUAGACACGUCCCAAAGAGGCCACGCUCUGCUGAGCUAGUGCAUGGUGUGCUGCUGGAUGGCGGGAACCAAUUCGGGCUGUGCGUAUUGUGCCUACGUAGAUCGGAGUUGGGAGAUUCUUGAAAUGCUGGGCCGGCCACACGCUAUUGCAAAAUGCUCUUACGCCAUGGCGGCUGGACGCUCUCCUGUUGCCAUGCUGAUUACGACACAGCCGGCUGAGUUGACGUAGUUACCUCCCAUGGUCCCAUGCAUGAGGCACAACAAGCUUGGCGACAAGUGUAUGGGAUCCUGGAGAGUCUGAGGCAACGUGCCCAAUAGAUCAUUGUGUGUCCGGACUCUGAAUGUCCGAAGAGCAGAGGAGACGGAUGAAUUGUGGCUGCAGAGGGCAGUUGCUAGCUGGAGGUCAAUGAUACUUGUAGACCGUAAUGCGAUGCUGCCUAGGCUGUCUUCGAGUGGUGGAACGCGUGGGGUCUGUUCAAGUGCGAUGCUGAAGUGCUAGGUUGGGGCCAGAAUGAAGGUUUGCAGCACGGCCGAGGCAGCGCAUAGCCCUGCGGUCCAGGCUGUAAGUGUGUUCUUAC